CGUACUAUCUUAAAAUUAUGUAAUAAAAUCUCUUAUAACAAUUUGACAGUUGAGUUAAUCCAUAGAUAAGCAAAGAGUAAGAAAUCCAUUUAUCUUACAGAUAACAUUUUAAUCGGUAUUUUUUUGUUGCAGGUAAUGCCCGUUCUACUGCUAGCACUAAUUGCGAAAUGUAGAUGUGAAGCAACAAAUGGAUAUAAUAGCUAUAACACCAAUGAUGCUUCCCAUUUUGGACAGCUAUUAAAACCACCGCCGCCACCUCCACUGCCAAUAUUGCCUGUGCCAUUUAACGCCGGACUAGGAAAACUGCAGAAUCAGAACGACUUCGGAUAUCAAUACCAAUCUCCCCCGCCAUUACCUUCCACAACCCCUCCAGUACUACCUCUUAAAGAUUUUAAAUUCCCUGCUCCAUUUUAUAGGCAGUAUAGUUUCAAUUUCGUUCCACCGCCCCAACCAUUUACAACCACGCCAUCGCCAUCAAUGUUCCAGAAAAUCUCUGGAUGGCUCUUUCCAUCACAACAAAUAUCAUCUGACCUACAAUCACAAGUGAAUAACAACCACAACACUGCACCGCUGAAGGGCAACUGUAAUCCUUGCAAUUUAGUACCGUGGAUACCUGUGAUUCGAUAUGAUUUAGCGCCUAAUAAUGGACGUCAGAAUGCUCAGCCUACCUAUGGUCCACCGAGUCCGACGACUACUACUAAUUUUAACUCUGUUCAAAAUUUACCGCAACCCUUUGCCCCGUCACAAAAUAAUAAUUACAAUCCUCCAAUUAAACUUUCGACGGGAAUACCUCAUGCUAGUUACGGCCCUCCAUCUGCCUCUCAGAGUAGUAGUAGUUCUUUUAAUCCUCCGAGUUCAACUUAUGGGCCGCCAAGUCCCACACAUGUUGUAAGCACAUCCAAUCAGGCACCUCUGAAUUCCCCAUACUCUAUAAGUAGCAGCUCUUUUUAUGACAUACCUAACACAUCUUUAGGACCGUCUUCAUCUUACGGAUUACCGAGCUCACCAUACAGAGUACCUGAUUCAACAUAUAAAUCACCGUUAUCUUCUUAUGGCACUCCAUCUAUAGCAUAUGAAAAUCAUUUUUCAUCAACCACACAUUCCCCAAUUUCCACAGGUUAUAAGCCUGAAUUACUGAAUCACUAUUUACCUACUCAGAAUGAUGUUGAACUAUUAAGUGAAUUAGAACCAUCUUCUGAAUUACAAUUACCGAGAGUAACGCAUCCUACUGGUUUUAGAAAUUCCUAUGGAGAACCAAUUCUUAAUACGUAUGCUUUAGAUAUUCCAUUUUCUGUAUCAGCAGCUGGUGCAGCUUCAUCUAAAAUUAAGACUGAGAUAUUACCAGAAAACCGAGUUAAGCCACAUGGUCCUAAUAUGACGAUAGAGUUAGCAAAUCCAGCUCCAUUUAGUUUAAAUAGAGGUAGAAAUAUUCAUACAUUACAACCAGUUGCAUUACCUAAUCUAAGUGUUUCACCACUACCUCCAAUAUUUAAUGCUCGACCUUUUCGUGUUAUAACAUCAACAUAUCCUUUUAAUAACGCACCCAACAAUUUUAACAUAGCAAAAAGCGUCCCAGUUGCAGAAUAUACACAGUCUGUAGAGUAUCCUGCUACCAUAAUUCAGUCUCCUGUUAUUGACAUAGAUGAGUUGAAAACAUUUAAUCAUACGAAGGGUUACAGAAACAUACAAAACAGUUUUGUGAUAGAUGGAAUUCGGGAUAUAUCGCCUCAAGCUUCGGAAGAUCAUAUUUCAGCAGCUAAAUCUAACCAAGAUGUUAGUUUUGAAAGCAUCGGAAAUGAUUUUACAAAUGAUUUAUAUGACGGCAAUAUCCCAAUGGAUUUAAAGCAACCUUCUAAUGUGCCAUUUAACCAUAAAGUAAGUUUUGCCGAUUUACGAGGCGUUAAGGAUGAAGAUGUUGAUAAAUAUCGCACUGAAAGUAAUUUGCAGCAUAUUGAUUCGCCUCUUCUUUACCUUAAGCCGAGCGCACCACACAAAAACUAUAAUAAUUUCUUUUUUAUGGUAACCACACCAGGCAAACAACAAGAAUAUGAAAUUUAUGAUGAUAUUCCAACAACAACAGAAUCCACCCAAGCCACUUUAACGAGUGGUUGGGAUGAGAGUAGAAAUUAUUUUACAGAACAUUCAUCUUCUCCAAUAGAAGAAGAAAAGGACACUAACCGGCCAAAAAUUGUUCAAAUUAUUGUUCCUUAUACAACAGCACAAAGAAGUGAUCGCAACAGAGACAAUUUUAAUGCUCAUCAGGAAGAUUCAAUUUCUAGCGCUGAACAGAAAUAUCAAGCGCGUAAAAUUCAAUCUAAUACUGAAAACAUUUUUGUUACUAUUGCAACUGAAGGAUAUAGUACUUUGAAAACAACAACUGAAGAACCUUUGCCAGCAAAUACGGAAAACUACGAUUUAGACCGGCAAAAAUCGCCUAUGGAUUUUUAUGAUGUAAAGGAACCGCCAUUUGACAUAGUGAAACUACAGCACACUAUAGAUGAUUGGACAGAACAAGAGUAUUCAAAAGAUUACAGUACACCACAGAGAACUCGUUCUAGUGGGAAAUAUGCAAAACAAAUUCCUGAUGAGUUUUUAACAACCAUCAGUCCAUUUACGCAUAAUUAUCCUACAGAUAUGAACUAUUAUAAUUUUGAUUUAUAUGACCACGAAGGGGCUAGCAGUAUGCAUCAUAUAGUGACUGACAAUAAGACAGACUUUAAUUCCAUAAAAAGAAAAGAAUAUAAUACCAUUGAAAGAUUGAAAAGUAACUACAAUAGUGGCAAGAAUGAAGAAGCAGAGGAUAUAAAAAAGUUACACAUUUAUACAGCAGCAUCAACAUUUAGAAGCACCACAACCACAACUCCUGCUCCUUGGGGCCAAAUACAAACGUCAAUAUCACCUCUAACUAAUGAAAAAAUAUAUGUCGUCACUUCAAAGCCAUGGCGAGAAAAAAAUGCGAGUAGAGAAUAUGAUUAUGAAAUAAAUCAAUUAGAGUCUAAUGAUACUAGUUCAGACAACGAUGAUUCCGAAUUUGAUAACUUACCAUUUAAAUCACCACGAUUUACCAACAGACCUUCAUAUGGGUUUACAGCUGAUGCAUUAGAGUCCAUAAAACUCGAUUCCCCUUAUGGCUUUUCAAGAGGAUGGCAUCGACGAAUAAACAACCUGGAGUAUCCAACAUCAGCUGACAAUGAAUCGUUGGAAGAGGAUUUUGAAAAGGACUCAAAAUCUCAAAGAAGACGAAAAUAAUUGAGAAAAACUAUUAGAACUUUUUAAUAGGAAAAUAUCUGCGCAGUAGACAAUUUUUGGAACCCUGCGCGAAGGCUUGCUUAAAAAAGUCGAUAGUCGAGUUUUGGUGGAUGUGCUCAGUACAAUUUUUGCUAAUGGGACAUUUGAUUCUUCUAUAGGAUUUGAAGACGUUAUUUAUUGAUAGAGUAUCAGUAGAUAAAUGUUGUCUUUCAAGAUUGUUUUGUCAGUGCAACAUACCUAUUAGCGCUAACAAGGUGAAUUCGUCGCUUCUCAAACUGUGCUUAAGAGAUAUAGGAUUUUGAUCUUUCUGCUAGUUGGAAAACUAAAGUUCAGUGUGUGUCAGUGAAGUUGAGUGUCAUCAAAACAACAAAAAAACAUUUAACAGACUGAAACAAAAUAGUGUUAAGCCUUAUUAGCUAGUGCAAUUAAGUAAUAUAAGACAUGAGCAAAUUAUGAAUAAUACAAAAAUGUGUUCUUCUGAAUUUGAUCAAAUUAUUAAGUAUUAUAAGGUGUAAAAAGUUCUUGACAUACAUUGAAAGCUUAUAAUCUAUUAUUUCAUCGUCUUUACGAUUAACCAUAAUACGUACUUAAAAUAUUUCUAGCUUAUUGUGUUCCUUAUCAAACACCUGUGUAAGUAUAUAAUAUAUUGUAUUCUUAUUUCUUACUCAGUUAAAAGUCAAUUAUCAUUUACCUGCAAGCAUAAUACAUUAUACUUACCUAAUUAGGUUAUGAAACCUAAGAUUUAUUCUAUAAUACCUAUUCAUGCAAUACCAUGUUGUCUUAGGUAUAGCAAUGAGGGUAGCUCAAUUUUAGGUGGAGUAAACUUCGAUGAACGAUGUGUCCUUUUGGCGACUCUGCGCCAAUAUGGUAUUGACUCUGGAGUGGCUUGUUCAUACAGUAACUGAUUCUGUUUAUUUUCUUAUGAAUAUGUAUUAGAAUAGGUAUAUCCAAUAUUAUGCGUACCAAAGUUGUAAUUUCUGUUCUAUUUCGCCAAACUGGAUCUUUAGUAUUUAAUUUUAAAUAGGGUUAUUGCUAUUUGGUAUCCAAAAUGUGAUUUAACCAAC